AUGAAGGUGUCCGCAAACGGUUUGGCUCUGACUUGUGGUAUCAUGGCAGCCCUCGAGGCAGGCCUGGCCACAGCUCAGUCAGCCUCGAAACCACCGAACUUCCUCUUUAUCAUGACUGAUGAUCAGGAUCUGAAGCUAGACUCCCUGUCGUAUAUGCCUCUAACUACAAAGCACAUGCAAGACAAGGGAAUGUCUUUCAAUAAUCACUUCGUUACAACGGCGUUGUGCUGCCCAUCUCAAGUCAGCCUUUUGACAGGACGACAAGCCCACAAUACCAAUGUGACGGACGUGAACCCCCCAUGGGGCGGAUAUCCUAAGUUCAUUAACCAAGGAUUUAACGAUAACUACCUUCCCGUAUGGAUGCAAAAGGCUGGGUAUGACACAUACUAUACGGGAAAAUUGAUGAACUCUCAUUCUGUGGAUUACUACGACAAGCCCUAUGCCGCGGGAUUCAAUGGCUCUGACUUCUUGCUGGACCCUUACACCUACGACUACAUGAACGCGACUUACCAGCGCAACCACGACCAGCCCGUUAGCUACCUUGGCCGCCACACAGCUGAAGUCCUGACUGAGAAGGCGAUGGGCUUCUUGGAAGAUGCUCUCACGGGUGAACGGCCAUUUUUUCUCACCGUGACUCCCAUUGCACCCCACUCGAACAUGAAUGGGACAUAUGGUGCUGGGGCGGGCCCUCUAUGGAUGGAUGAGCCCAUUCCAGAAGAGCGCCAUAAGCAUCUGUUCCCCGAGGCCAAGGUUCCCCGUACGGCAAACUUUAACCCUAAGGAACCUACUGGCGUCAGUUGGAUUCACAAUCUCCCCUAUCGCAACCAAUCCGUCAUCGACUACAACGACCACUAUUACCGGCAGCGUCUGCGUGCCUUGCAGGGCGUUGACGAACUGGUUGACUCGCUCAUCGCUCGUCUGGAAGCCAGCUCCGAAAUUGACAACACGUACAUCAUCUACACAUCCGACAAUGGAUUCCACAUUAGCCAGCACAGGCUGCCACCAGGCAAGACCUGCGCCUUUGACGAAGAUAUUCGUGUGCCGUUCUUCAUCCGCGGGCCCGGAAUUCCCGAGGGCCAGCAGCAGGAUAUUGUCACGACCCACAUUGACAUCGCACCCACACUAUUUUCCUUGGCUAGUCUACCGCUCCGCGACGACUUUGAUGGGACACCUAUGCCCAUUGCCGAUGUGGAGGGAACUCUGCAUGAGCACGUGGCAGUCGAGUACUGGGGGCAAGCGAUGCUCGAAGGAACUCCAACUGUUCCCAAUAACACUUACAAAGCUCUCCGCAUUCUCAGCCAGGAGUACAAUUUGUUCUACUCAGUGUGGUGCAACAACGAGCACGAGCUGUAUGAUCUUAGUCCCUCAAUGACAACACAGACCGACCCCUACCAAGUCAACAACCUCCACCCCCACGUCGAGACUAAGAACGCCACAAUCUUGGGCUACGACAUUCCGGCGGUGAUCGAUCGCCUUGACGCCCUGUUACUCGUCCUGAAGUCCUGCAAGGGUCGGACCUGCAUUAAGCCAUGGGAAGUCCUACACCCCGAUGGGUCGGUGCAGAAUCUCCUCGACGCUCUGAGAGCCCAGUAUGAUGGAUUCUAUCAUGACCAGCCAAAGGUGUCGUAUGAUCGUUGCGAGUAUGGGUAUGUCAUUGAUGCGGAGGGGCCGCAGACAGCGUUGGCAUACCGAAACGGCUAUUCUCUGGAUCUGUGGAUCUAG